AUGGCGUUGUAUCCGUGUUCCGUUUUUCCCGAUGAAAUUGACCCUUUCAUUGAAAGUUUACGUCCCUACGAGGUGGCGGAUAUAGGCAGCAUGGGAUGGAUCGAACAGCACGAAGUGCUGUUGAAGCUUUGCCAGCAGGCAUUUAUCGAAGCGUCCACCAAACAAGAAGAGGUCGUUAAGGAGCGGUUGAUCUUGGAAGGAAAGCUUCCUUUGCUUGUCCAUGAGCUGUUCAGUGUGCUUGUGUGGCGUUGUGAAAUCCUACCGCGUUUGCUGGCACUCAAGAAUCCCGAAACGACUUUCUUGCUAUACAGCGUGAUCUAUCAUGAGCUAAACGUAUGCUCAUUAUUAGAAACAGUGCUGUUCCACCGAGCUAGCUGCGAAGCGCUUGAAAAUUGCACGCUGGAUUUAAUUGAUUACUGUGCCCAAGGAAUCGGACGUUUGAUUGGAUUGCUUGCGGACGGCUAUAACGAUUGCGAGGAUGAUAUGCCACCGGAAACGCUGUUGAACGAAUCAACCACAGAGGAAAUCGAACGUAUGCGACGUGGAAUGGACUUCCGUAUCGGGUUCAAGUGUCUCGGAAUUGUUUCCUAUCUCGUGGAUGCCCUUGACCUGCUACCGUUAAGCGCUGGAACACGCCUUCUACGGGUGCAUGAUUUUCCUUGCCUGAUUUCGGAAAUCCUUCACGCCAAACCGUGGCUUCGACGCACCCGCAAAGGUGCGUUUGAAAAGUAUCGCAAUAACACUUGGGUACCGGCUGGCGGUGACGCCGUCCUGCAAGUGACCGAAACCGAAGCACAAACUUGGUUCUGCCUUCACCACCUGCUUUUCAAUUCGGCCCUCAUGGGUAGUUACAAAAUCAAUGCCUUCCGUCAGCGGGAAAUUGGAAAAUGCGUGGGUUUAAUGAAUGAUCAGUUAUUGGACCAGUUGCCAGCGUUGAUACCUCUCAAGCAACAUCUCUGCUCGCUACAAUUAAUGAAUGACAACGGUAUGGAAGGGUCGACAUCUUCGGCACUCUUAUUAGAGGAGAUGCCGGAAUUGCGCGACCAAGUGUUUCAAGCUGCUCAGCAGGUCGGUUGGCGUAAAAUUGUGGAAAAACAGAGAAAAAUCUUCAUUGACUUGGAGCAGGAGGAUGUAUUGGAAAUGGCACAACGUAUUAGUGCUGCUUACAGCACAGAUCUGCUAGAGAAGCACAUCGAGCAGCAAGAAGAAAAGAACCGCAAAGAAGCCAUGGGAAGCUGCAUGGAAUCAAAAUUGUGCGGCAACUGCGGUGCCUCCGCCUCCAAAAAGUGUUCCAAGUGCCUGUACGUCUUCUAUUGUUCCCGCGAAUGUCAACUGGAAAACUGGGCUGAUCACAAAGCACUAUGUCAUCAACUGCGAACACAGUAA